AUGCAGAGACUAGGACUUCGCAGAUACAACUGCAAGAAACAGAGGAGCAUUACACUGGGGAAAGAAGUAAGUAAACGUGGGACACACCCUGUUCUGGUUUAUGCUGGCACCUCGUAUUCCUUCGCCCUCGCGCGUAGAGGUGCUCGGCACGACUCUUGUAUUUGCAUAGGAUGUGAGAAAAGUGGAGCGUGGAAAAGUAUGAAGGUGAGAGGUGAAUUUCCUUCCGAUCCUCGUGACAUGCAGCAUGUGUGCGAGGCUAAAAAUAAGGCAGAGGAGAUCGCUACUUGA